UUUUUUAAAAAAUAAAAUAAAAUAAAAUAAAAUAAUGCUUUUGAUUAUUAUCAUUAUUACUUGUAAUUGUUUUUAUUCUUGGAUCCUUUGUGAAAAAAUUACAUUAUUAAAACUAUUCAUUAAUUUUUUACCAUUGUUCCUAGAUAAGAUAGACACGACUUUCAUACUUCACGUCGAAUCUGGCUAUUCUGGUAUAUAUAUUUUUAGAAAUUCUCCACUACAGUAUAUAACAAAAGUUCUGAUGAAGGUCAAUCAUCAAAAUACAUGGUUAUUAUUAGUUAAUUUUAUCUUUAGACGAGAAUUAUUUCUUUAUAUGUGACAUUUGAACGUAAAUUGUGAUUCU